AUGUCAUGUGCAGAACUGGGAAAUUGUGGAAAUCAUCGCAAAUCUCUUGUCGAAAACCUCGAUCAAAGCCUUAAACGAUUGGGAACUGGAUAUAUUGAUCUCAUGUAUGUUCAUGCUUGGGAAUUUCGUACUCCUAUUGAAGAAAUGAUGCGUUCUUUAGAUGAUGUUGUUAGAAGUGGAAAGGUGCUUUAUAUCGCAAUUAGUGAUGCACCAGCAUGGGUAGUUAGUCGUGCAAAUACGAUGGCCGAGUUACGUGGUUGGAGUCAAUUUAUUGGAUUGCAAACACGAUAUAAUUUAUUGAAUCGUUCUUUGGAAUGUGAUAUACAAACUGCUUGUGCUGAACUUGAUGUUGGAAUUAUUCCUUGGGGAUGUAUCGCUGAAGGAUUUUUGACCGGAAAAUACACCAGAGAAUCAGCUGCUAAGUUAGAAAUACCUGAUAACUUGAGAAGUGAACGUGUUUACUCAAUUAAAAGAUCUGCAGAAAAUGAAAAAAAUUGGAAAAUCCUUGAUGAAGUCAUGGCAAUCGCUACUGAAACCAAGAGAACUCCUGUUCAAGUCGCUUUAAAUUGGAUCUCACAAAAACCUGGUAUUACUUCUCCUAUAAUUGGUGCUAGAACAAAAGCUCAAUUAGUUGAAAAUCUUGGAGCUCUUGAAUUCAAGUUAACACCUGAACAAAUGGCAAGGUUAGAUGAUGUUUCAUCACCAAAUGAAAUACCAUUUCCAUAUUCUAUAUAUUCGAAUUUUGAGAAAUAUAUUGGUAAAGGAAUGCAAAUUCCUGACAAGUAUAAACCCGCUUUUAUGCUGGGUGCACAAGAAAAAUU